AUGACCAACAAGAUGAAGAGAAUGUUGGUUCUUCUACUGAUCGUCCUGGAGGGAACUGGACAGACCUCACACUCCUGCAGCAGCAGCUGUUCGUCAAGCUGUUACUGCAUGAACAGAGGCCUCAGCAGUGUUCCUCAGAACCUGCGGACAAACAUCAGGAGGCUUCUUCUGUGGCAAAACGUCAUCACAACCUUAAGUCAGGCUGACUUCUCAAGGUACAGCAGACUGACAAGACUAGAGCUUCAAUCCAACCAGAUCUCCGUUAUCAAUAGCGGAGCGUUCUACAACUUAUCCGUGUUAUCUUAUCUGUACCUUAACUAUAACCAGUUAACCAGCAUUCGAGCUGACAUGUUUGUGGGGCUUGGUAACCUGGAGUAUCUUUACCUUGAGUACAACAACAUCAGCACCAUCGUAGCUGGCGCUUUUGUAAAUCUGCCACAGCUCCGCUAUUUUUACCUUCAUAACAACAACAUCCGCACCAUUGAAACUGAAGCUUUUGUAAAUAUGCCUCGCCUCACGGGAUUUUACCUUCAGUACAACAACAUCAGCACCAUCGUAGCUGGCGCUUUUUCAAAUCCGCCUCGCCUCUCGGGUCUUUACCUUCAGCACAACAGUAUGGAGACCCUACCAUCCAUGGUAUAUGACAUGGUGGCCUCCAUCUCAACAGUUGACAUCACUAACAACCCCUGGCAAUGCGACUACAGGAUGUGUCCCUUUAAGCAAAGAAUGACUGGGCGUUAUGCAUUCGAGAGCCAGAUCACCUGUGCCGGACCUGCUAACCUUACAGGAAAAAGCUUACUACACGACGUAAAUCCUGACGAUCUGAUCUGUGAAGAAACGACAACAGAAAUCUACUCCACACCAAGCAUCUCGUCUUCUGAUACAAACUUUCACUUAUCAACAAGUAUCUACACAACUACGCCUGAUGACGCUCACACUACUCCCUGUUCCUGCUCCCAGUCGGUCCUUAUCAGUGGGUUUGCAGGAGCAGCGAUCGGAACUCUCCUCACCUCUGCCGGUUUCCUGGCAUUCUUGUGUCGACACAGGAAGAAAACAAGUCCUGCCCCUGCUGAACUAAGUGUUACUUACAGCAGCAAGGACUCAGCUGCUACCGCGACAACCAGUGCGCAUGCGUCUGAUGACGUAGCCGACAAAACGCCCAACAAGAUGAAGAUGCUGCUGCUUCCUCUGCUGAUCAUCUUUGGGGAAACGGGGCAAACUUCAGCCUGCAGCAGCAGCUGUUCAUCACGCUGUGACUGUACCAGCAGAGGCCUCAGCAGUGUUCCUCAGGACCUGCCUACAAACAUCACUCACCUGUACCUGUUUAGCAACGUCAUCACAACCUUAAACCAGUCCGACUUCUCCAGGUACAGCAGCCUGACAAAAUUGCAUCUUGAUUCCAACCAGAUCUCCGUAAUCAACAGCGGGGCGUUCUACGACUUGGGCAGAUUAUAUUUUCUGGAACUUUACAGUAACCAGUUAACCAGCCUCCGAGCGGACAUGUUUGUGGGAUUAAGUGACCUUCAGAACCUUUACCUGUAUCACAACAGCCAGUUAACCAACCUCACAGCUGACAUGUUUGUGGGACUUGAUAAUCUGCAGACCCUUUAUCUGUCCUAUAAUGACAUCAGCAGCAUCGAACCAGAAACUUUCCACGUCACCCCACAGCUCCGUAGUCUUACCCUCCAUUCCAACUACAUAACAACAAUCGCAGCUGGCACGUUUGUGAAUCUGCACCAACUAGACAGAUUAACCCUACAUUCCAACACCAUCAGCACUAUAGAGGCUGAGGCAUUUGUAAAUUUGCCAGUACUCAGCACAUUGGAUCUAUCUCGGAACAACAUCAACGCUUUCCCCAUAGAGGCCUUGUAUAAUCUAAAUACUUCAGCGCUGUCAGAUCUUAGCAUGGACGACAACAGCAUGGAGACACUCCCACCCAUGGCGUAUGACAUACUGGCAAAUAUCUCAAAUGUUGACAUCACAAACAACCCCUGGCAGUGUGACUGCAGGAUGCUGCCCUUUAAGCAGAGGAUGACAGGUGUUUCAGAAUUUGAAGAACAGAUCAUCUGUGCCGGACCUGCUAACCUUGCAGGAAGAUUGUUAGAUUCUGUACAUCCUGACGACCUGAACUGUGAAGAGACAGGUACCUCGGUCUCUCCGGGUUCUACUGAUGGUACCUCUCCCUCGCCAGGUCCUGUCAGUGGUACCUCCCCCUCACCAGGUCCUGACAGUGGUAUCUCCCCCUCACCAGACCCUGACAGUGGUACCUCCCCCUCACCAGGUUAUGUUGAUGGCACCUCCUCCUCACCAGGUCCUGUCAGUGGUACCUCCCCCUCAGCAGGCCCUGUCAGUGAUACCUCCUCCUCACCAGGUUCUGUUGGUGGUACAUCACCCUCAACAGGUUCUGUUGAUGGUACCUCCCCCUCACUAGAUUCUGCUGAUGGUACCUCCCCCUCAGCAGGCCCUGUCCGUGGUACCUCUCCCUCAGCAGGCCCUGUCAGUGGUACCUCCCCCUCACCAGGUUCUGUUGGUGGUACCUCCCCCUCACCAGGUCCUGUCAGUGGUACCUCACUCUCACCUAGUUUUGUCAGUGGUACCUCCCCCUCACCAGGUUCUGUCAGUGGUACCUCGCCCUCACCAGGUUCUACUGAUGGUACUUCCCCCUCACCAGCUUCUACUGAUGGUACCUCCCCCUCGCCAGGUUCUACUGAUGGUACCUCCCCCUCGCCAAGUUCUACUGAUGGUACCUCCCCCUCGCUAGGUUCUGCUGAUGGUACCUCCCCCUCGCCCUCAACGGGUUCUACUGAUGGUGCCUUCCUCUCGUCAGGUUCUGCUGAUGGUACCUCCCUCCCGCCAGGUUCUGCUGAUGGUACCUCCCCCUCACCAGGUUCUACUGAAGGUACCUCCCCCUCACCACGUCCUGUCAGUGGUUCCUCCCCAUCACAAAGUCCUAACAGUGGUACCUCCCCCUCACCAGGUUCUGCUGAUGGUACCUCCCCUUUGCCAGGCUCUGUUGAUGGUACCUCCCCCUCACCAGGUCCUGUCAGUGGUACCUCCCUCUCACCAGGUUCUACUGAUGGUACCUCCCCCUCGCCAGGUUAUGCUGAUGGUAUCCCCUCACCAGGUCCUGUCAGUGGUAUCUCCCUCUCACCAGGUCUAGUCAGUGGUACCUCCCUCUCACCAGGUUCUGCUGAUGGUACCUCCCCCUCACCAGGUUCUACUGAUGGUACCUCCCCCUCAUCUGGUUCUGCUGAUGGCACCUCGCCCGAUGGUUCUGCUGGUGGUACCUCACCCGGUGGUUCAGCUGAUUGGUUCUACCUGCCAUCUUUCCUCAGCAGCCUCCUUGGUGUGUUAGUCGGGGUCUUUCUCAUCUUGGCUGUUUUGUUUGUGAUCUGGUUUAAAAAGAGGAGUAACAAAACCAGUCCUGCCCCCAUCCCGGCCCCGGACACACACGCCAAAACCAAGGACCGUGGUCAGGUACGAGAUGACGUCAAGGGAACAGGAGCAACAGAGUCUGAUGACGUAGAGCGCGGAUCCAACCCAGCCCACGACCCAGUGCCGUACAUUUUCGACCCGGGACACAGGAUGGCGCGACCUCCCCUUCCCCCAAUACAUGGGGCAACUCCUUAGGCAGAUAACCACAGUGGAACACAUCCACAGCUUCCAAUGUUAAUGAUGGAAUCUAGCCAAACUAUCAUGAAACUCUGAAGAAACAUUCCAGUCAUCUACA